AUGGAGCCAAGAAAGAGAAGAUGCAUCUGUAUUGCUUUGACUUGUGCGCUGACUCUGAUUUUCAUCCUAGCAGGCACACUAUGCGGUAUUUUCAUCCCCAAAAUGCUAACAUCAGCGCCCGAGCACGUAGAGGUCACUUCAGCGAGCGCGCCGAUUGAAGUGAGCUCCACGACAAGCGCGAGCACGCUGAGCAGCGACUCGACAUUCACAGAGCUUGAAACUACCACUACCACAACAACCGAAGCAAUAACAACGACAACUACGACAACUACAACGACGACAACUACCUCAACAACAACAACUACCGCAUUCCCAACAACAACGAGCACGGUGCCCGUAAUAGAAGCAGGCGAGCCGUUGCUCAACUUUUUAAAGAGCACGAGAGAAGAUGACGAGCCCAAAAUCGACUUUAUAGACACGAUGGACACGACACAAAGUAGAGUUCACAUUGUAAAUAUUACUACUGGAAGCUGGAUGUUCGGCGAUGUCGAGAAUCUUUGGUCACAUUAUCUCGUGAUAUUUGUUCCAAAGGGAAAGUACCGCGACCAAAACCUCGAUGGAAACGGAUUCUUCUACUCAACCGAGGGGCCUGCUGAUGGCAGCGAUAUGCUCCUCUCAAUCGAAGCCGAAUUCAUGAAGGGUCUCGCGGAGCGCACAGGAUCCGUCACAGCGCUGCUCUACGGUAAUCCGCCCUCUCCGUUGCGACAUGGCACCGGGUCAAACGACACGGAAGAGGUCUUCUUCGGAAACCAGAUCUUGGCGCUAUCGUGGGAUUACGCCCGCAAAUCCGAGCCUGUCGAUCCUUCGAAAAACGUGGUCUUUCCGAUCCUGCGAUCUGUUUUGCGAAGCUUGGACGCGGUGACGGACAUUGUGCAGGAGAAAGACGAGCUGCCGGUUCCGAUUAGCAAUUUCUGCGUGAUGUCGGAAGUCCCCUUCGUCGCCUGGCUCGCUGGAGUAGAUCCGAGGGUCAAGUGCUCAGUUCCGAUACUGACUGACUUGAUUAACGGCACCGCCCAGUUCGAGCGGCAGUACAGGUCUAUGGCUGGCUGGAGUCAUCACUGGGCUGGCUUUGGGGAUCUGUUUGACGACCUGGGCUCGAGAGAGCUCUGGGAGGUUCUUCGACAUGUGGACCCGAUUUAUCAACCAGAAAGAUUCAAUCAAUCGAUUCUCAUGCUCAGAGCCGGAAACGACGAAGCUUCUGUUCCCGAUGCAACUUACGAUUUCUACGACAAAAUGAGCAAGAACCAAAAGAUCUACCUACGCUCGCUGCCCAACUCGUUGCAUGAGAUCGACGAGCGUUUCCGCAACACCAUCGAAGGCUUUUACGUUGCCGAUCGAAGCCAGUCGCGAGAAAGCCCGCAGCCAAAUCUAAAUUGGACUUUGCUUGCCACUGACGAAGAGAACGAGAUCAUCGUCACCAGUGAUAGACGACCUUCGCGGAUAACAGUGUGGAUGUCUGAAACGCAGAACAGGAACAAGAAGGAUUUCAGACUUUUGAAGCUGGUCAAGGAUGGCGUCACCGCGCAAAACAGUCAAUAUUUGCCCUUCAAGGAACCUCCUUACCUCGAAGACAUCACUUUCGAUUUGGAGCGAUAUCGAGGCAGGCGCCAGGCGAUGUACACUCAGCUGUACACUUACCGGGCGAGUUUCGAAAUGCCCCCGAAAGGCUACUGGAAAGCAUACUUCAUCGAACUCGAGUUCGUCGGCCAGUGGUCCUCGCAGAUCUACACCACGGAGACAAACGUGAUCCCGAACAAGCUGCCCUGGCAGGGAUGCUGGGAGAACCAGCGCAAGAAGCACUUCUACGACUGCGAGAAAAAGAAGUUACAGAGAGGACGAAGAUCGACAACCGAAAAAGAAAUUCAUAAAAAUCCAAAGCAAAUGGAAGGAAACAACAGCGACCGAUUUAUUGUGAAGACGACAAGCCUGGAACUAAAUGGAGAUGAGGAGUCCCUACUACGGCAGAAUUCGCAGCCGACAGUCACAGAAUCAACUUACUGGACAAAGGACAAGAAUAUCCCCGAUCUGCUGGCGAAUUUGGAUAGCGAGAAAAAGCCCGUUGGAAAUCGACUCUCCACGCUAAUGGGUGUGUUUUUCCCCACUAUGCAGAAUAUUUUCGGGGUGAUACUCUUCAUUCGUAUGAGUUGGGUGGUUGGCGUUUGCGGCUAUCCUCAGGCUUUUCUUCUUGUCUCCACGUGUUGCCUCACUACCAUGCUGACGGCAAUCUCGAUGUCAGCCGUCGCCACUAAUGGCAAAAUAUCGGCCGGUGGAAGUUACUACAUGAUCAGUCGCAACCUAGGCCCAAGUUUCGGCGGCUCAGUCGGCAUACUGUUCUAUUUGGGCACAACUUUUGCCUGCGCAAUGUACAUUCUCGGAGCAGUCGAGAUCAUCACCAAAUACAUCGCUCCAAGUUUAUCGCUCGGCUGGGGAUCGCCGGGAAGUGACGGCUUCUUCACUAUAUAUUUUAACGAUUGCAGAAUAUACGGCACAAUCAUCUUGCUAUUAAUGGUUACGAUUGUUUAUGUUGGAGUAAAGUAUGUGAAUUACUCCGCAAACAUCUUCCUCGGAGUGACGCUGAUUAGUAUUGCCACUAUUUUUGCUGGAUUUGUUAAAAACGCUGCAUUUCCUUCUACUGCCCAAGAUGAUCUUCAUGUCUGUCUGCUCGGGCCCAGAUUACUCAGACAGCCAGAAGAUGAAUACUGCUCAGUGUACCGUAAUGAUAGUGGAUCCUACAAGCCAACCUGGAUCUACAACCAAUUUUGUCCUCCUGUAAACGACUCAACCUUUGCUAAGCUGUUUGAAAAUGAUCAGCACUUGGCACCCUGUCAUGAUUAUCUCAAAAAACUGGAGCUAGUAUCUCGAGUACCAAUUCCUGGUGCGGGAAACUCAGAGGAGUGGAAAAUUAAUAUCAACUCUGGCUACAUGGAUCAAGGGCAAUUCGUCUCUGCUGACCUAAACGCUUUCGACCAGAGCUCGCUCAAUGUCUACAAGAAUGAAACAGCUGAAAAGGAACUUGGUGACAAAAUCGAUCAGAUCUUCAUUCGCGCUGAUAUGACGUCCUCUUUUGCUAUCCUCAUCGGAAUCUUCUUUCCUUCUUGCACUGGAAUCAUGGCGGGAAGCAACCGUUCUGGAGAUCUUGCGAAUCCAGCAGCGUCUAUUCCAAAAGGGACCAUCUCUGCUAUUCUUGUUACUUCUAUAUGCUAUCUGUCAACGGUGAUUCUUUUCGGUAUCUCGGUCGACGGGGCUGUCCUUCGAGAUAAGUUUGGUCAAUCAUUGUCAAGGUCGAACAAGCUUCUAACAGCCAAAGUUGUCUGGCCGCACGAAAUGGUCAUGCUUAUAGGUUGCUUACUCUCUACUCUCGGUGCUGGUUUACAAAGUUUGACUGGUGCUCCUCGUUUGCUCCAAAGUAUCGCCCGUGACGGGAUCAUACCUUUUCUACGCCCAGUAGCAGCUGGAAAACCGGGAUCGGGAGAACCCACAUGGGCAAUUCUUGUCACUGCCGUUAUCUGCGAGGUCGGAAUCCUCAUCGCUGCACUUGAUGCCUACAUAGCCCCGCUCGCUACUCUUUUCUUUCUCAUGUGCUACAUGUUCGUCAAUGUAGCAUGUGCGCUUCAGGGUUUCUUGAAAUCUCCAAGUUGGCGUCCGACGUGGCGAUAUUAUCACUGGGGCUUCUCCUGUCUUGGUGCCUUUCUUUGUUUUAUGUUAAUGUGGAUGGUGGGCUGGAAACUGGUCCUUGUUGUCUUAGCGAUUGCGCUCUUCCUUUACAAAUACAUUGCCUACAAAGGUGCAGAAGCUGAAUGGGGAGAUGGUCUCAGAGGCUUGUACCUCUCCGUAGCGAGAUAUGCACUGUAUCAAAUGCCUCAAACCAAAAGUCUACAUACGAAAAACUAUCGCCCACAAAUACUCGCCUUUUGCAAAUACGACCAAAAGUCCAAAACAAUUUCAAAUCCAGAUAUUGUCAAAGUUGCUCGCGAUUUAAAGGCGGGCAAAGGAUUGUCAAUGUACGCCAGCGUGCUGGAAGGUGACAUACUCGACUCGGAGUCGACCUCGGAAGUGGAAGAGUGCAAAAUGCAACUCGGUAAUCUGCUGAGACAACACGGUUGCAAGGCCUUCACGAAUAUUCUCCUCCAAAAGGACGUCCCACAGGGAAUGUCAGCGCUAAUGCAGACAUCGGGCUUGGGCUCGCUAAAACACAAUUCCGUACUGAUCAGUUGGCCAAAAGACUUCGAUAGAACAUCGUCGACGACACGGUUCAACAAAACGCUUCGUGCUGCGAAUUCGACCGGCCUUGCAUGCAUGGUCACUAAAUGCUCAAGCUCAUGGCCCUCGGAGCCAAUUCAGAAGGGAACCAUCGAUGUCUGGUGGAUCAUUCACGACGGCGGUCUAAUAAUGCUCGUCGCCUGGCUGCUCAAAAAGAGUCGAACUUGGAAGGGAUGCAAGAUUAGACUCUUUGCCGUCGCUCAGGAUUCUGAUAACUCUAUUCUUCUGGAGCAGAGAUUACAGGAGCAUAUUGCUGGUCUUCGAAUCGGAAUCUCCCAAAUAAAAGUUGUUGAACUUAACAAGCAGGACAUAAGCGCGUACGCUUACCAGAGAACGGUAAAAAUGGACCAGCGAAACGAACUUCUGACAGAACUUGGCGUUGAGGACAUUGGAUUAGUGGCGGAAGAAGUCAGAGCAGUGAGCGCAGAAAGUCAAAAUCAUUUGGAGAAGAUCGUCACCGACAAUAAUAUGACAUGGAGCCCGACUCACAACUCAAACCGCAACAAUGCCGAAAUCAUCCAUCAACUGAGGCGGGUGAAAUUCGACGAGUCGGACUAUGCCAAGACUUACGCAAGAAUGCACAACGCUCGUGCACUCAACAACGUGAUUUUGGAUGAUUCUGAUAGUGCUUCGCUGGUCAUUAUCAACCUCCCAGCACCACCAAGCAAUAACACAGAGCGUGAACGAACGUACAUGAUGUUUAUCGAAGCGCUGACGAUGAAUUUGGAACGAGUUCUGUUAAUAAGAGGCAGUGGGAAAGAAGUAAUCACAGCAUACGGCUAG